UUAUUCCGUAUCCAAGGUUUAUGAACAGGUAAUACUUUAGUUUGAGUUUACUAAAACCGGAGAGAGCUCACGGACAAAAUAAGGACGCCAAAGCAUGGCCGCCCCAGUAGUAACGAUACAGCCAGGAGGUUCCAUCCAAAUCCCUCAGAACGUCCGGCCAUGGUCUUCAGGACUUUGUGGAUGCUUUGAGGACUGUGGCAGUUGUAUUUGCGCCAUGUUCUGCCUGCCGUGCAUGCUGUGUCAACUCGCCUCAAGGCUGAACGAGACUUGCUGCGUGCCUUACUGCUAUGGGCAGAUGGGCGUGGCAGCCAUGCGAGUCAAGCUGAGAACCAUGUAUGGGAUACAGGGUUCCAUUUGUGGUGACAUCUGCGCCACCUGUUGGUGUGGACCUUGCGUGGCUUGCCAAAUGUCACGUGAGCUGGAUGCAGUGGGCUUGUAAGCAGACGACAGCCAAUGAAAACAGAUUCAGCGAAACACCAUCAUUAAAAUUUCAAACAUUCCGACCAGUAUCACGUUUGUUGAUACCUAACGACAUUCCAGAAAUAUAACUGCAGCAGUGAUUAUGAUAACGCUUACUGUGCUAUUGAUUUGAUAUGAACAUUAUAUGAUUUAAUUUUUUUACCUGUAUUUCCUCAAGAAUUACUUAGAUUUCUUAAAAACUGUUAGGACUAGAAAUGAUAUAUAUUUUCAGUGAAUUUCUAUUUUCUAUCUUCAAAUGAUUCAAUACACAAUUUAAUUUUUACUGCUGUUUUUCAUAGUAUCAUUUAUUAAUAUGUUCAAACACGUCCGCAUAGCCUGCGUCUAAUUAUUUACACCUACAGGUACCAGGGUGGUGAGUAAACCAACUGACACGUAACCGGCCUUGCUUUAGUACGUGCACAUCAAAUGCGGUUUACCAUUCGAUAUCAAAACAAGACUCUUUUUUAGUCACCUGACGCCUUUCUAUCAGUGGCACUUGUCUAUAUUUUGACAAAAGCGACAGAGCUGAGUCUAGACAAUGCCUAGCAACGGGAACGUUUAUAUUGUUACGCGAAUUUUUUUCUAUUAGGUUUCAAUAUGGUUCUUUAAAAUAAUCGUGGACCCAAGCCAACCGAAGUUUGGAAGAGAGAUAAACAGGGGCUAUUUACUGAUAGUAUAUUUGAUUAAAAUUUGAGCAAGGCUUCAAGAUUUUAAUUGGUGAAUUUGAUCACAUUUCCAUUUGAUGACUUAAAAUGUGUGCCAAUAUCGGAGAUGAAGACCAAGUCCUAUAUACAUGUAUAUGUACAGCUACAAAGCAAAAGUAAAAUGUAUAUGAGUAUUCGGUUGGAAACA